GUUGGUAUUAUUUGUGGUUGGUAUUAAUCUGUGUUCUGUUCGUCUGUAAUAGAAUUUUUGUGUUGUAUAGUAUAAAUAUAAUACAAUACGGUGUUGUCAUUGUAAAUUAUUAUAGGUGCUGCGUUAUUGUGUGUUAAUGAUAUUGAACACUGAAGUAAAUCUCAUUUAUUUAUUCUGAUUUACAACCAGAUAACAACCGCUAAUUCCAGAAGUACAACAAAUUAUUACAUUUUUAAAAUGGCCAUAGUAAGUAGAAAACGUCAGAGUACACAGGAUGCAGGGCAAGAAUCAAAUGCUGAGAUAGAUAGAAAGAUUUUGAAGUAUGAGAAACCAAAGAAACUCAAGAAAAGAAAUAGUGGGCCCAUCAAAACGGUUGCCAAAAUUCCAAAAGUAGCUGAAAAACCUGAUUGGUCCGAGUUCAAAAAGAAGAAGAAAGAAUUAAAAAAGGCACGAAAGGGACACAAGUGCUCAGUUUACGAUCUUAUUGAGAAAUCAAAGAAGUUGUGGGAGAAGGUUCGAAGAAGUGACUGUCCCACUGAAAAACAGGAAAAACUAACCUUGGAAAUACACAACUUAUUAAAAAACAAACUGGAUAAGGUUGUAUAUUCUCAUGACUUAUCUCGAGUAGUUCAGUGGUUGCUGAAAAUUGGUACACCUGAGUUGAGAGCGGCAAUUACGCAAGAACUCACAUCUCAUGUACCAGCUAUGCUUCAGUCUAAGUAUGCUUGCUUCUGUGUGAAAAGAAUGCUGAAGUAUGGUUCCCAUGGGUCCAGAAAAUCAGUCAUACAAUCUCUUCACGGAAAGGUGGUGAAGCUAACACGCCAUUCUGUGGCAUCACCUGUAGUUGAAUACAUGUACUCAACAUGGACUAGUGCAUUUGAGAAGAGUCAGUUGCGACAAGAAUUCUAUGGUGAUAUGUACAAACAGGACAAGGAGAGCAACGUGCAGAGCCUUGAUGAUAUUGUUCAAAAGGCACCAGCAAUGAAGGAAGCUGUUCUCAGUGCCGUGAAAGCCAACGUGUCACAAAUUCUUGACAAGAAGCUGACAAAGUCGUCUUUGCUGCACACGGUUCUCUGUGAGUACUUGAGACAUUGUUUGAAAGAAGAUCGUGACGAGAUCCUCUUACACGUACAGAACUCUCUUCUGAACUUCACGAGUACGAGGGAUGGUGUACAUGUUGCCAUGAUGUGCAUCUGGCAUGCCUCAAAUAAAGUAAAGAAACUGAUCAUGAAGAAUUUAAAAGGCCACGUGAAGGAAGUUGCAAAGUCUGAACAUGGCCAUCUGAUGCUUUUAGCUCUGUUUGAUACUGUGGAUGACACCGUUCUUCUGAGAAAGAUGCUGAUGCCAGAACUUUUGGGAGAUGUAUGGAGUCUUGUGGAUGAUGAAUAUGGAAGGAAGGUUGUCCUGUACUUGGUGGCACAUAGAGAUCCCUUGUAUUUUCAUCCCACAGAAGUGGACAUGCUCAGAAGGGGGGCUGCACUCAGCAAUAGUAAGAAGGAUCAAGAAGUGAGAAUGUCAGAACUGCUGGACACUGUGUCAGAUCCGUUGUUGGAAGCGAUUGCAAAUGAUGCUGGCAAAUGGAUCAGCAACAGUUCUAUUGGAAUGGUAACACUGGCAGUACUCAAGUCUGGGAAAGGUUUGGAGCUGCGGAGAGCUUUUGGCGCCUUUGCUGAAUAUAUCAGCGAUGCGACAAAAAAAAUUUCUGAAGAGAAGCAGGAGUAUUUUGUUGUAGAACAUGCUGGAACCCAUCUGAUGCUGAAGAAACUUAUACAACAUGACAAAGAGAGAUUAAAGAAUGAGGAAGUGACCUUCAGUUCUGUUCUGGUGUCGAAGCUGACAGAACCCACUCUCUUGUCAUGGAUAGCUUACAACAGGGGCUGCUUCCUUCUAGUUGCUCUGAUGGAAAGUACAAUCCAGUUAGUUAUUGAUGAAACCAGAAGAAAGCUUCAACCCUUAAUUCCAGAUAUAAGGAAGCAGACAUCAGUAGGAGCCAAUAUUCUGCAUAAAAAGCUCACAACUUAAAAAGUAAUUCAGGAUUCUUUGAGAAAAAGACUUACUGUAGAAAUGAAAUUGUGCACAGAGCCCAUUGUUAUCUGGAGGUGUUUUAUCUUUGUUACAUAUACUUAAACAACCAGUGUUAUGUGGAAAUUAUUUUCAUGUAAUUACAAUAAAAUAACCACUCUUUUUAUAUUU